AUGGAAUUGACAGAAGAGAAUGCUCAAGCGGGAGAUAAAGCAUAUUUGGAUUUAGUAUUAUUACAAACAUUAGGAUCGGAUCGGGAUAAUCUGAUUUGGUGCUCGAUAUGGGGUAUACUCAUACAAGGGUACCUAUUGGGAUUGACAGUAUCGAGAAUAUGGAGGUUUGUCUGUCGUAGAAAGAGGUAUGAGAUGGUGAUUAGGGGAGGUGUGUUGGGAGGUUUGAUGUUGAUAAUAACUCAAUUGGGCAUAACGAUAGAUCAAACUUAUAGAAUUAUAUUUGCAUUUCAUUAUACGGAUAUAUCAAUGAAUGAUGCUAGAAGGAAUAUAGUCACUAUCGUUUGUAGUGGUACUAUUGGUUGUCUCAGUGUGGGAUACGCAACAUGGAUGUUGUGGAAGAUGGCACCUCGGAUAUCACCCAUCAUACCACUUAUCAUCCUCAAUACCAUUAUCAUAGGACUUACAGUGGGUAUAUCAGUGAUAUCGUACCAAAUGCCCAAAGCCAGCGUAUCAGAUUUGUUCUUAGUGAAAGAAUGGUUAGGGAAAUUUGGGAUCUUAUUGAGAGUUUGGCUAGGGAUAGAAUUGGUUUUACAUGUUGGGAUUUGGAUGAUCAUGGUAUGGCAGAUUAGGUCGAAAAAGGAAUUUGAGAAAGGUGAAAAACUCAGGACAGUCUGUCAAGCUUUGUGGUCACCGACUCUGGCCAUCGUCGUACUUUUGGUUUACAGCUUGGUAGAAAUCCCUUCAUUAGUCAACGCCUCUCGACCACUUGUUCAAUCCUUCUCCGCCUUAUUCUUCCUCACUUUUAUGUACUUACUUGACCUAUCCCACUUCACGUCUUCUCUAGAUGGUGAGAUAGCAUUACCAGAAUCUUCCUCCGUAUAUUAUAAAUCGCCGCCUAUUUCCAGGAGAGGUCUUCUGCCAGAUUCCUAUAGCGGCUAUACCACUACUACUUCGACUUCGAGUGGAUCCGGAAGCGGGUCGGGGGGACAUAGGAGUACGAAGAGCUCGAAGAGUAAGGCUGGGAUGGGAAGUGUUAGAAUAUCGAUUGAUCAGCUUGUAACCGAGUCGAAGACCAUAUCUCCACCUCCAUCCGCAUAUAAAUUCAAAGACAAACAACCCCAGCACCGUUCCGAAUCGCAUCAAAGAUAUCCGUCUUUAACUCCUGUACAAUCACCUAUACCCACGCCUAUAUAUUCCAACUCGGUUUAUUCGGAUGUACCGUUAUCCAUCAUAGCUCCAUUCAGCGAAUGGUUAGAAUACAAUUCCCCACAUCACCAUAGCCAAGCCCACGAUGGAGAUGAAGAAGGGAUACAUGGUGCAGAUGCGGAUGAUAUGAGUUACAAAUCUGCCGUACCAUCUGGUAAAACUUUGUUAAGGACUAAAUCGGAGAGAUCAAAGAAAGAUAGAGGGAUUGUACUGGAUCAUACAGGUUGGGAAGUACCUUUACCCCAAGCGCAACCGCAACUUCUCUCACAGAGGACGUCUCGCUCGCAACGUGUAUCGCAGGGCCCACCGAAGGACCAUGAUGUGAAUAAGAUCUAA